CUCCUGGAGGAGCUGGCCAGCACUCCCCCCAGGAAGAGCGCCAGGCUGCUGUCCCACGUGCACGGCGAGAGCUUGAUCCCCAGGAAAUUCAGGGAGGUGGCCACGGCUUCCCCUACCUCAAGGCAGAGAUUGAAGCAGUUCUACUCCAUCCGCCGGCAGCCCCUGAUGACGCCCGGGGUGACGGGGCUGAGGAACCUGGGCAACACUUGCUACAUGAACUCCAUCCUGCAGGUGCUCAGCCACCUCCAGAAGUUCAGAGAAUGUUUCUUGACUCUUGAUCUCUGUGAAACAGAAGAACUUUUAGCUAAAACUGUGAACGGGAGGGCCAGGAUGCCAGGCAGGCUGGCAAACGGAGCCGCUGCCAGCGAGCCGGGGAAGCCUGACAAGGUUCAGAGCUCCCCGGGCUCCAUGAACGGCGGCUCCUCCAUCAGCCGCAGCUUGGAGCUGAUCCAGCCCAAGGAGCCCAGCUCCAAGCACAUCUCCCUGUGCCACGAGCUGCACACGCUGUUCAGGGUGAUGUGGUCUGGCAAGUGGGCCCUGGUGUCGCCCUUCGCCAUGCUGCACUCCGUGUGGAGCCUGAUCCCCGCCUUCCGCGGCUACGACCAGCAGGACGCGCAGGAGUUCCUGUGCGAGCUCCUGGACAAGGUGCAGCAGGAGCUCGAGUCCGAGGGCAGCAGGCGCAGGAUCCUCAUCCCCUUCUCGCAGAGGAAGCUCACCAAGCAGGUCCUCAAGGUGGUCAACACCAUCUUCCACGGGCAGCUGCUCAGCCAGGUCACCUGCAGGACGUGCAACUACAAAUCCAACACGGUGGAGCCCUUCUGGGACCUGUCCCUGGAGUUCCCCGAGCGCUACCACGCCCUGGCCAGGGGGCUGCUGCCCGAGGCAAAAGGCGAAAAUCUUCUCCCAAACCUCUUGUUCUGAGUGAAGCUAAAAAGCAGUUGCUGAUCUACAGACUACCUCAGGUCCUCCGGCUGCACCUUAAACGCUUCAG